UAUCACAACGAGUAACUUGAUUUACAAGUAAAACUGUGUGAUUAUAAACAUGAAUUGCAGUAAGAUUUAUUAUCUUUUGCCGCCUUUCACGGGAACAGAGUGAGAAGUAGCGAAUGUCGUCGAUAAAAUUAUACGUGUAAUCAGAAAUAAAGUAGAGAAUGCUCUGUUCGUUCUGAACAUUCAUAAAUUCCAGUGGCACAGGAAUUUGUGAAACUUGUUCGUGUAUCUGUGAUAUGCGCAUUAUACCAUUUUUUUUCGUAUACAUAUCUCUUACAAUUAGUAAAAUGUCUCCAUCCGAUCUUGACAGUUGAUGUCCAAGGUUUCGUCCGAUAAUGGCUGAUAGCAACGAAACAUCUACGAAACCGAAAUCGGAAACAUUCGAAGAGGUUAUGAAAGAGGAAGUAGACAUCAGUCGUUAUUUCGAGAAUGCGUCCCGCACCAUUUUCGACGAGAUCGUUUCGCCCAAGAAACAAGAUUUCUUCGAAGCUCAAAAAGGUUCGGUAAGCAGGAUUCCGGAUUUUGAAUUACUAACGGAGCACUCGAACGAAUUUUUAAAUAGCGGUGUAUUGCUCGGUAAUGAGCGACUCGAUCACAGUGCCAUGAACGAUAUGCACAGAGAUAUCUGGAUACCUUCGGAACAAACGCGAAAAGUGUUAAUAAGUAUCGCCACAUCGACUAUCGGGUCUAAUUCUAUCGACAGAGAUAACUUGACGAUGCCGGGUCUUGCGAUCCAGGGAGACAUGCCCGAUUUAAUAAAAAGUACCGCUAUUCACUUUCUGGGCGAAGAUGAAAAUAUUCAUAGGAAUGUACUUACCGCUUCGGAUGUAACGCAGGACGAACGUGGCUUAAGAAAUUUAAUACAGGCCGGUUGUUACAAAGCGGCGAUAAAUUUGUCUGGGCGACUUUUGGCAGUGUAUGCUCAAGGGUACGGCAAGAUAAAUCAACCGAGCAAGCAUACUCCGCACUCUUUGCAAUUAUGGUACACGAGGCUCGCUUUGCUGACUAAACUCAGGCAAAUAGAUGUAUUAGAGAACGAAUCGAAACCGUUUGGUAAUUUAGAUAAGCCUGACAUGUAUUUCACGUUUUAUCCUGAGCUUUACGGUACUAGGCCAGGUUCUAUGGCUUCCUUCUCUUUUAGACUACUUUUAGCCGAAAUUCCAUUGUAUUGCGGGAAACCGAAGCAAGCAUUGGAUAAUUUGUUUAAACUUUUAGCCACGGUGAAUCAAAUAAUAACAAAUUAUAAUGCCGGACUCGGCGGUGAUGGAUCUCGUGUAAAAGUCAGUGCAACGGAGCAAACAGAUGCCGUACGGUUAUGGAAAGGCAGAAAAUUAAGAGUCCUUAUGUCUAUUGCUAAUUGUGCGGUAAACACAAAGAAUUAUGUACUGGCUAUAGAUAUUUUAGAAAAACUAUGCGACUAUCCAAACUGGACUACCGAACAAUUAGACGCUUUGAAAUCUAGUAUCGGGAGGCUACAUCUGUUUUUGGGCGACGUUUCGGCGGCAGAGAAAUUACUUAUCGGUAAACAUAAACAGGAUAGCAAUCUAAGCGUCAGAGAGUUGAUGGACAGAGGAUUAAUGGCAGUGGCACAAAACGCUUUUCAAGAUGCUUACACGUGUUUUCUAGCUGCAGCCACGUUGGAUCCGUCGAAUAUUGUAUUAACUAAUAACAUGGCCGUUUGUCUUUUAUAUACAGGACAGUUGAAGGCAGCAGUGAACUUAUACGAAACUGCUAUUCAAAAAAAUCCUGUAAAAGGUUUGCAAGAACCUAUACUAUUAAAUAUAUGCAGCGCGUACGAAUUGCAUACAAUUCAUUGCGAGCAACCAAAAUUACAUUUGUUGAGUCAGCUGAAUAGGUAUAAAGGGGAUGCUGUGGAUAUUCAGUGUUUGAAGCUUGCUAUGUAAAGUUAACGCUAAUUUUAAAGGGAACUAUUUUAUUCGUCCAUGUAUAGCGUAUGAAUAAGCUACAGGAGAAAUUAUAAAUCUGUUAUUUAUUUAUAAAAGUGAUUAUAUCAA